AUUCCCUCUCAAUAAAACUCAAAAAAACAAAAAAAAAAGCUAUUUUUCCUCUUGUCAAAUAUGAACAACUCUAUAGCUCUCAUCUUAAUUUUCUUCUUCAUCACAAUCACUUUCACUUUUGCUACUACUAAAAAUGAUGACAACAAUAACAUCCCUGGUUUUGGGCCUGUAGGUGGAUUCAACAUCCCUGGUUUUGGGCCUAUAGUUGGAGGAGGAUAUGGUGGUGGAUUUGGAGGCCCAAAAGGAGGAUAUGGUAAAGGUGGAAUCAUAAGGCCCACUAUUGUUUGCAAAGAUAAAGGCCCAUGUUUUGGUAAAAAAUUAAAGUGUCCAUCAAAGUGUUUCAAGUCAUCUAGUGGGGCUGGAAAAGGGUAUGGAUAUGGUGGUGGGGGUGGUGGAUGUAUCAUGGAUUGCAAGAAGAAAUGUCUUGCUUAUUGUUAAAAGGGAUAUGAUUAUGGCUUUUAAGUCUUUCGGAAACAGUAUCUCUACUUCCACGAGGUAGUACUAAAUUUGUGGAAUUUCACUGAGUAUGUUUGUUGUUUGAUUAUGGCUUAGCCAAGUAAGUACUAAUUAAAAUAUAGUAUAUAGUAUUUAUUGUAUGUUGGGAGUUUCUUUUGGAUGUUGAUGUUUAUGCACUUAUAUAUAUAAUAAAUAUAAAAUAUUUAGUAUAGUAGGAUUGAUUAUGAGAUAUUUAUC